CAGGCCUGACUAGAUUAGAUGAACCUCUGCCUUCCCAACAGUGCUCACAUUUAGAAGGGGGUCAGGAAGGAAGUGGGGAAUUAGCUGCUGCCAUGCAGAUGGUGUUUCUGGUCUUCUGGCCAGAAUGUAAACUCCUCAAAGACAAGACUAUCUCCUGCCUCUAUGGUACCCCCAUAGGGGCAGGCAUGGUGCCGGGCACAGGACUCCGCAGAGGCUGUCCAAGGCAGCCUGUGCAUGGGCUGAGCGGACCUUGUGAACCUGUCAGGAGGAGAGACUGAGCCCACUCUCAAGAGAGUGGGGAGAAUGAUUCCAAGAAAGUUGCAGAUGGGAGGGAUUUGAGGUGCCACAGAAACCCAAUUCCUGCUUUACAGAGUCAGAAGUUCUGAGAGGGAAAUACUACUUUCUACAAUUCAGAGUUGCUUCUACCAAGCUUGGACUUGAGAAAAUCAUGGAAGAGACGGCUAAUAGCUUCUGGUCGGGAAUAUUGGUCCAAAGGAUCACCAGGGUCCUUCCCCUGUUUGCAGGCAGGGCCACAGCAGAGCCUGUCUUUUCUAAUAACUAGCCCUUGAAUCAUGGCUAGACCAUGACAGACCAAGAGUCUGAACUAAGGGCUUUUGCAGAGGAUAGAGUGCAACAGCCCUCAGCAGAAUGGAGUCCAACAAAUCUCCCUCUGUUGUGCUGGGAAUGGGUAAAACCCCCAUCCUAGAUAAAGGUUUGUGGUAGUUUUCUAUUUGCACUCAGAGAAUCAGUGUUGGGAUUGGAGGAGGCCUGAAAGAUGAAGUGUCCAAACCCUUCCAUUUAAGAGGAGAUGAGAAACACGUGGGAUUGGGAGCCAUCAGCCCUCAAAUCACACAACAUUGGUCAGAGGCAGAGCUGGAAUAAAGAAUGGGCACCGCUAACUGAACUGUUUAAAGCUUAGUGAAGGCUUUCUGCGGGGGAAGGAGGAACUCAACGCUUCCAAAAGCAGGAAACGUGGGAAUCCCAGCUGAGGGCUCUCCGGGCACCUGAAGGAGCCCUGGACCUGGCGCAGGAGGGCGCUGGGAGGAUGGCGAUGUUGCCAUGGAUGCAGCUGCCUCCGUAAGCAUCUUCUUGCAGCUGGUCCAGCGAUGCUCUCUUCUCUCCUUCCAGGCUCCCCUUCCUUCUUAGCCAAGAUGUCUUAUCAGAAAAAGCAGCCCACCCCGCAGCCCCCAGUGGGCUGCGUAAAGACCUCCGGCGGCGGCGGCAGCGGUGGCGGCAGCGGCGGUGGCGGCUGCGGCUUCUUUAGCGGCGGAGGCUCCAGCGGGGCCAGCGGCAGUUCUGGCUGCGGCUACUCCGGCGGCGGCGGCUCCGGCUGCGGCGGGGGCUCCUCCGGCGGCGGCGGCUUCGGAGGCGGCUCCGGUGGGAGCAACGGGGGCUCCGGUGGGAGUGUCAAGUACUCCGGGGGCGGCGGCUCCUCCGGGGGCGGCUCCGGCUGCUUCUCCUCCGGGGGCGGCGGCUCCUCCGGGGGCGGCUCCGGCUGCUUCUCCUCCGGGGGCGGCGGCUCCUCCGGGGGCGGCUCUGGCUGCUUCUCCUCCGGCGGCGGCGGCUCCGGUUGCUUCUCCUCCGGCGGCGGCGGCUCCUCCGGGGGCGGCUCCUCCGGCCAGGCGGUCCAGUGCCAGAGCUACGGAGGCGUCUCCAGCGGCGGCUCCUCCGGGGGCGGCUCCGGCUGCUUCUCCGGCGGCGGCGGCGGCGGCGGCGGCGUCUCCGGCUGCGGCCACCCCGGUGGCGCCUCCAGCUGCAGCGGGGGCUCCUCUGGCGGCGGCGGCUCCGGCUACGUCUCCUCGCAGCAGGUCACCCAGACCUCGUGCGCGCCCCAGCAGAGCUACGGAGGGGGGUCGUCCGGCGGCGGCGGCAGCUGCUUCUCCAGCGGCGGAGGCGGCGGGCGCUCUGGCUGCAGCGGCGGCUCCUCCGGAGGCUGUGUCAUCAGCGGCGGGGGCUCCGACUGCGGCGGCGGCUCCUCCGGCGGCUGCGUCAUCAGCAGCGGGGGCUCCGACUGCGGCGGCGGCUCCUCCGGAGGCUGCGUCAUCAGCGGCGGGGGCUCCGACUGCGGAGGUGGCUCCGGGAGUGGCAAGGGCGUCCCGGUCUGCCACCAGACCCAGCAAAAGCAGGCGCCUACCUGGCCAUGCAAAUAGGUCCCCCAGGGUGCCACAGAGGCGAAGGAGUUGGAGGUGUUCUCUGUGGGCGCCGAUGGGCUUAGAGCUCUCAUGAUAUUGUCAAAGGUUUGCAAAUCCUUCACGCCUUAACCUACCUGGAAGAAGCCUUUGAGCUCUUGUUCAAAACAGCGGCAUCUUGUUCUGCCGUUUUUGCCUCUUUGGUUUCUGCACAACUACCUCCCAACCCCAGUGCCUCGCUCAAUAAAUUUGCAAAAUCAUGAGAA